GCUGAAAGCACCUGGAGUUCUUCUUAUGCUUCACCUUGAAAAACAACGUAUAAACAUUUUGCUGUUCCGAAGGGUCUGUUUAGUAACUGAUCUGAAUUGUACAAGCUACUGGAAGGGAUUAAAAAAAGUUGGCUAAGUGAGUUCCUGUCCCGUGGACAGGUGUUACUGUUGUUGCAACAUUUGCCUCUUGCAGUUAUUUUUGAAGUGCGUAAUCGGGCAUCUGUGGUUUCAUAAGUGGGCAAGAUCGUGACGUCACUAAGUGGUUGGGUUCCAGUGUCUUCGGGUCAGAAAAGUUGGGGUGCUUGUGCUUGUGGUUAGUGAUAUACACGAAAAAGAACGACUUCGUAAAGGAAGUUUGGAGAAAAGGAGCAGUACCAACAUGAGAAGAGUGUAAUAGUGUGCCAGAAAUCCCAUAAUGACAGAAAAAUAAAAAAGAAAGAAUUACGAUACAGCAUUGGUGUUGCUGAAAAAACGAGAUCUACGAGAAUAAAAGCUAGAGGAAUCUGCCAGUAGGUAAACUCGAAAAUGGCUGACAGUGCAAAAGGCACAUGGUGGAAGUCUCUGACAAUAAGAAAGAAACCAAAGGAAUUUGCAUCUUAUCAAGAAGGAAUAGAAAACCAGUCUGUUCCUGAAAGAACUGCUAGCACAUCAGUUACAGCAACAGCUAUUUCUGUAGAAAAGAAUCCAAACCAUAUCCCAGGUGAUGAUUAUGUUGACCCCAGGUACGAGAAAGCUGGCUUUAAUGAGAAAACAUCUAGAAGAAAUCUCAGAAUUUCAAGAUCUGGACGUUUCAAGGAGAAAAGGAGAGUGCGGGCUAGUUUGCCAGAACAAAAUCAGUUUUUUGAAGAAAAUGGGAAUGCAAAUGAAGAACUACAUUAAACUUGUAUAGAAUAAGUUUAGAGAAGGAGGUUUCAUCUCACUGUUCCUGCACUUUUACAUUCCUUUAAUGUAAGGAGACUUAAAAAACUGAAGUGUCAAUUUAUAAGCUUUAAAUAUUGGAUGAACUGGUAUAUUAACUAUUUAUUUGUUGCACUGAGUGAUGUCUACUCUUCAGCAGCUGAUUUUUUAAGUUGUCAAAUUUUAUUAUAUGUAUUUUUCAGUGUACAGAAAGAUGGCAGUGAAAUUCACUGUUUGAGGGAUAAAAAUGUUCUGAUUCAGAACCAAAUAAUUUCCAUAUCCUAGAAAAAAAAAGCACUUUUUAUAACUACGUUAGGUGGAGAAAAAAAUCUAUAAAGAACAGCUUUUUUGAAAAUCCUGAUUUAUAGUUUUAUAGAUCAAACUGGGGCUUUGCUUAAAACAUGUAAAUUAAAAUAUAUAUGGACAUUUCGUUUGAAGUAAAUUUUAUUUAGAUGAUGAUGUUUGAUAUUUUUAUGUAUUGAAGGAAAAAUAAGUGAUACUGCAGUAAAUGUUUGUUUACCUGAUGUUAAGUUAAUAAUCUACAGUCUAGUAUCAGUGCACUGAAACAUGACACUGAGAAACACACCCUCCAGGACAAAGCCUAGUUUCAAAUUCAGACUUUGCAUUUAAGUGCUGACUUGGGAGUAGGCCAGUUUUAAAUAGUUGUUUUCUUCCUUUAUUUUUCUUAGUCCCAAGUCACUUAUAAAGAUAAUUUGAUACAAGGAGACGAUUUUAGUAUGUACCACCAAUGUUUUUGUAAUAUACAUAUUCUGAUUUAUGGAACACUGGAUUUCCUAUAAUUAAAAUAAUUAAAAUGCA